AUGGCCCCAGCAGCGUCGUCUUCAGAGCCCACACCCGCCCCAACAGCCUCUGCCGCCAUGGCUGAUCUCGCUCUCGACAACCGCGAGUCCCAAAAAACCGCCCUACGACGUCUGCUUCCCGAUGGUGCUAACCCCAGCGUCAUUGGCGACGCCGACUUCGACAUGACCUCCUCCGACUAUUACUUCAAUUCGUACGCCCAUUUUGGAAUCCACGAAGAAAUGCUCAAAGAUGAUAUUCGCACCUUGUCUUACAUGCGCGCCAUUGUUCAAAACCGCCACCUGUUCGAAGGCAAAGUCGUUAUGGAUGUCGGUUGCGGCACCGGUGUCUUGUCCAUCUUUGCGGCAAAGGCAGGUGCGAAGAAAGUAUAUGCCGUUGAGUGCUCGAAGAUUGUCGACCAAGCAAGACAAAUUAUUGCCGACAACGGCUUCUCCGACGUCAUUGAAGUCAAGGAGACCAAAGUCGAAGAAAUGGAGUUGCCGGAGAAAGUUGAUAUUAUCAUUUCUGAAUGGAUGGGUUACUUUCUGUUUUACGAGUCCAUGCUGGACACUGUUCUAUUUGCAAGAGAUAAAUGGCUCAAGCCGGGCGGUCUUAUGUUCCCAGACAAAGCAACUUUGUAUCUAUGCUCUAUCGAGGAUGCUCAGUACAAGGCCGAAAAGAUCGAUUUUUGGGAUAACGUGUAUGGACUCAAUAUGUCUUGCAUCAAGAGCGUCGCACUCACUGAGCCGCUCGUAGACACUGUCGACCCUGAACAAGUCAUGACGAAUGUGUGCGCAGUCUUUCCAAUCGACUGUGCCACAAUCACAGUCGAGGAACUGUCAUUUGCCGUGCCAUUCAAGCUCACAGCUAUUCGAAACGACUAUUCCCAUGCACUUGUCGCCUACUUUGAUAUCGAGUUUUCGCACUGUUUGAAACCAGUUUCGUUUGUGACUGGACCGCACAAGAAACCAACGCAUUGGAAGCAAACCGUGCUGUAUCUAGACAGGGCGCUGCCGAUGGAGCAAGGGGAGGUUCUCGAGGGCACCUUGGCUUGCCGGCCGAACCGAAACAACCCAAGAGACCUGGACAUUGCCAUCGAGUAUGAGUUUAAGGGUCGUCACUCAGAAGCGAAAAACUUGCUGCGCUAUCGCUUGCGUUGAUGAACCAUGAUCCGUUGGGCCGAAUUUGAAUUCUGUUGCGUUGCGAGUCUUUUGUUUCUAAGUCCCUGUGUCGUGUGCGAACUAAGUAGCUCGCGUAGCCGUUUUUACUCAUAAGACUCAAUGAAAAGGUGCCGUGCCGUUAGCCGAUGAGAAAGAAAUCGCAGUAAUGUUUUUA